AUGAGCGUCUUGAGACCCGGGAGCGGGGCUCUGUCUCCGUCGGGGAGAACGUCUUGGUCGUGGCGGUGCUGUUGGUGGUGGUGGUGGUGGGUUCUGGUAAUCGGGAUGGCAGUAGGCUCAGGGGACCCGUGGAUGUCCGCUGAGGCAUGCCCCUCUCCUUGUUCUUGUAGCAGCACCAGGAUCUCCUGCGUGGACCCGGAGCGGGGUAUCAAUGCUUUCCCUGUCCUGCAGAGCGAGGCGGAGAACAUCACCGACAUUUACAUCGCCAACCAGGGCAGCUUCUCCUCCAUCAACGACAAAGACCUGCACAACUACAAGAAUCUCAGGAACCUAACUGUGACCAACAGUAGACUGACUUAUGUAUCAAAGCUGGCCUUUCAAAACAACAUCAAGUUACAGUACCUGAAUCUGAAAGAUAACAACCUGUCAUCGCUGUCCUGGAGGAUGUUUAGACACCUCAACAUCUCUUAUCUGAUCCUGACUGGGAACCCUCUGCACUGUUCCUGUGAGAACAUGUGGAUCAAGCUUUGGUUAGGAGAGGAAGCUGACACUCAGGAGCUGCGCUGUAUUGAGGAUGGAGGAACACGCAAGUUUCUGUCUGGACUGACACUACCUAACUGUGAGGUUCCCAUGGCAACAUUGAGCCCAUCCAAAGUGAACUUAAUGGAGGGGGAAAACAUGGAGCUGUCUUGUACAACCUCUGGAGUGCCCUCACCUGAACUGAUCUGGAACAUGGCAUUGGUCACCAACUAUGAGAUCGUGACAUCAGGUCAGAUUUCGGUGCUGCGAUUGUCCAACCUGUCGUCACUGGACCACAACAGCAAGAUCAGCUGCACAGCUGAGAACGUUGUGGGAGAAAAGGAAUCCUCACUGCUGCUGAAUAUACUUUUUCCCCCCAAAAUCAAUAAGCUGAGUGAUGCAAUACCAGACCACCACUGGUGCAUCCCCUUCAGCGUGUCAGGAAACCCUAAGCCAGAACUGAAAUGGUUUCUGAACGAUGAGGCAGUGACGGAGGGGAUCUACAUCAUGACUUUCAUCCAUGACAUCACAGAGAGAGAAUACCACGGCUGCCUGCAGCUGGACAGCCCCACACACCUCAACAAUGGGCUGUAUACGCUGGUGGCUGAAAACAGAUUUGGGUCAGAUCGAAAGAACGUGGAAGCCCACUUCAUGCGCAAACCCUGGGAUGGAACUGAGAGAGAGCCUUACUACUAUGACCCAACCACAGAAGGCCCCCCUGUAGACCCACCUGAGGACAGAGUCGCUGUGUACGUGGUGGUGGGCAUUGCCGCUGUAGCAUUCACCGGUUUCCUCCUGAUGUUGGUUAUUCUCAAGUUCGGAGGAAAUUCCAAGUUUGGCAUCAAAGGACCAUCCUCAGUGAUCAGUAAUGAUGAUGACUCGGCUUCUCCUCUUCACCACGUCUCCAAUGGUAGCAACACCCCUUCCUCCUCUGAGAUGGGACCCGAUGCAGUCAUCAUCGGCAUGACCAAGAUCCCAGUGAUAGAGAACCCUCAGUACUUCAGGAGCACAAACAGUCUACUCAAAACGGACACAUUCGUCCAACAUAUUAAGAGACAUAACAUCGUGCUGAAGAGAGAGUUAGGAGAGGGGGCGUUUGGGAAAGUCUUCCUGGCUGAGUGUUACAACCUCUCACCUGACCAGGAGAAGAUACUGGUGGCUGUCAAGACACUUAAAGAGGCCAGCGAGAAUGCCAGGAAGGAUUUCCACCGUGAGGCUGAGCUGCUGACCAACCUUCAGCAUGAACACAUUGUCACUUUCUAUGGAGUGUGCGUGGAGAGCGACCCUCUCAUCAUGGUGUUUGAGUACAUGAAGCACGGAGACCUCAACAAGUUCCUCAGGGCUCACGGUCCAGAUGCAGUUCUGAUGGCAGAGGGCCAGACCACCAGACCUGUGGAGCUGACUCAGUCCCAGAUGUUGCACAUCGCCCAGCAGAUAGCAUCUGGCAUGGUCUACCUGGCAUCACAGCACUUUGUGCAUCGUGACCUGGCCACCAGGAAUUGUCUGGUGGGCGAGAACCUGCUAGUAAAGAUUGGAGACUUUGGCAUGUCCAGAGACGUCUACAGCACUGACUACUACAGGGUAGGUGUCGGAGGUCACACCAUGCUGCCAAUCCGCUGGAUGCCCCCUGAGAGCAUCAUGUACAGAAAGUUCACCACAGAGAGUGAUGUUUGGAGUCUAGGGGUUGUUCUCUGGGAGAUCUUCACCUAUGGAAAACAGCCUUGGUACCAGCUCUCCAAUAAUGAGGUGAUAGAGUGUAUAACCCAGGGCAGGGUGCUUCAGCGCCCUCGGACCUGUCCUAAAGAAGUGUAUGACCUGAUGCUGGGCUGCUGGCAGAGAGAGCCACACAUGAGACUCAACAUCAAAGAAAUCCAUGGUCUGCUCCUCAAUCUGGCCAAAGCCUCGCCUGUAUACCUGGAUAUACUGGGCUGA